CAGGCAGCGCAAGUACUGAGCGCCUCUGCCUUUAGGGUGCAGAGUCCUGACCUGCUGGCCCUCCCUCCCUACCCCGGGGGCGCUGGGGCACCUGGGAGGAGCAGAGACCCUGCGAACUCCCAACACAGCACCUUACCAGAAAGAGGACAUGUGUAUGUGUGUGUGUGUUUUCUAUGGAACCGUUGUUUGGACACCUGGGCUGAAUUUUCUGAAUCUAAAAUAAAAAAAGAAAAGUAGCAGGUUAUCUUCUCUUUAGAGGAGGUACUGCCGCUGGAGCACACGCAGGCCUGGAGAGGCAGAGUCGGACCCACCCUGAUGGGAAAUGCCAGCCAGAGGGGGGAGAAGCCAACUCAGCACCACCCCCCCCCCCCCCCGCCGCCGCCCUAGGCCUUGGACCCCCUCCUAGUUUCAUUCCAGCGCUGCCAGCUGGCUCUGAGGCGGGCAUUCCUGAGCACUGAAUGAGCUGCAGUGCCUUCAGCUGCAGUGAAAGCCUCCCACAGGAGAGAAACAAACCCAAAAAACUCAACGAGAACCAGCUGCAAGGGCCCUUUAAAUGCCCAAGCCCCACCCCUGCGCCUGGCCUGCCCUGCCGGGAAGUGAUCCCUAGGGCUGGGUGAAGGCGGCUCCCUCUCCGAGCUGAGGCGUCAGCUGCAGCCAGCCACACUUCUGGAUGUCCUUGCCGAGGAUUAAACAAGCCAAUUAAAAGCAUUUGGGAAUUCCCUAGUGCCUCGCCAGGUUAAGGAUCCGGCUCUGGUUAUAGCUGUCUCGCUGGUUCAAUCCCUGGCCCAGGAACUUCCACAUGCCCCGGGCGCAGCCAAAAAAAAAAAGCAUUUAAUAUGACAGGUGAGCUCAGGAGUCACCAUGGCAACUGAAGAGUCCAUCAUCCGCAUCCCACCGUACCACUACAUCCACGUGCUGGACCAGAACAGCAACGUGUCCCGCGUGGAGGUUGGACCGAAGACUUACAUCCGGCAGGACAAUGAGAGGAUCCUGUUUGCCCCCGUGCGCAUGGUGACUAUCCCCCCACGCCACUACUGCACCGUGGCCAACCCGGUGUCCCGGGACGCCCAGGGCUCUGUGCAGUGUGACGUCACAGGGCAAGUACGGCUCCGCCACGCUGACCUGGAGAUCCGGCUGGCCCAGGACCCUUUCCCCCUGUACCCAGGGGAGGUGCUGGAAAAGGACAUCACCCCACUGCAGGUGGUUCUGCCCAACACCGCCCUCCACCUUAAGGCGCUGCUGGAUUUUGAGGAUAAGAACGGAGACAAGGUGGUGGCCGGAGAUGAGUGGCUGUUUGAGGGACCCGGCACGUAUGUUCCCCGGAAGGAGGUGGAGGUGGUGCAGAUCAUUCAGGCCUCCGUCAUCAAGCAGAACCAGGCCCUGCGGCUGAAGGCCCGCAAGGAAUGCUGGGACCGGGACGGCAAGGAGAGGGUGACAGGAGAAGAAUGGCUGGUCCGCUCCGUGGGUGCCUAUCUCCCAGCAGUGUUUGAGGAGGUUCUGGAUGUGGUGAAUGCUGUGAUCCUCACAGAAAAGACAGCCCUGCACCUCCGGGCCCGGCAGAACUUCCGAGACUUGCGGGGAGUGGUGCGCCGCACGGGGGAGGAGUGGCUGGUGACUGUGCAGGACACGGAGGCCCACGUGCCAGAUGUCUAUGAGGAGGUGGUAGGCGUCGUGGCCAUCACCACCCUAGGCCCCCACAACUACUGCGUGAUCCUCGACCCCGUCGGACCAGAUGGCAAGAACCAGCUGGGGCAAAAGCGUGUGGUCAAGGGAGAGAAGUCUUUCUUCCUCCAGCCAGGAGAGAAGCUGGAACGAGGCAUCCAGAAGGUGUAUGUGCUGUCGGAACAGCAGGGGCUGCUGCUGAGGGCCCUGCAGCCCCUGGAGGAGGGGGAGGACGAGGAGAAGGUCUCCCACCAGGCUGGGGACCGCUGGCUCAUCCGAGGACCCCUCGAGUACGUGCCAUCCGCCAAGGUGGAGGUGGUGGAAGAGCGUCAGGCCAUCCCCCUGGAUGAGAACGAGGGCAUCUACGUGCAGGACGUCAAGACCGGAAGGGUGCGUGCGGUGAUCGGGAGCACCUACAUGCUGACCCAGGACGAGGUUCUGUGGGAGAAGGAGCUGCCUCCGGGGGUGGAGGAGCUGCUGCUCAAGGGGCAGGACCCUCUGGCCGACAGGGGCGAGAAGGACACGGCCAGGAGCCAGCAGCCCUCCGCUCCCCGGAACAAGACCCGCGUGGUCAGCUACCGCGUGCCCCACAACGCGGCCGUGCAGGUGUACGACUACCGCGAGAAGAGAGCUCGCGUGGUCUUCGGGCCAGAGCUGGUGUCGCUGGGGCCCGAGGAGCAGUUCACCGUGUUGUCCCUCUCGGCCGGGCGGCCCAAGCGUCCCCACGCCCGCCGCGCGCUCUGCCUGCUGCUGGGGCCUGACUUCUUCACCGACGUCAUCACCAUUGAAACUGCGGACCAUGCCAGGCUCCAGCUGCAGCUUGCCUACAACUGGCACUUUGAGCUGAGUGACCGGAAGGACCCCCAAGAGGCGGCCAGGCUUUUCUCAGUGCCUGACUUUGUGGGUGACGCCUGCAAGGCCAUCGCGUCCCGGGUGCGGGGAGCCGUGGCCUCCGUCACCUUUGAUGACUUCCAUAAGAACUCGGCCCGCAUCAUUCGCACGGCUGUCUUCGGCUUUGAGAUCCCGGAAACCAAGGGGCCAGACAGCACGGCCCUGCCCCAGCCCCGGGACCGGGCCGUCUUCCCCCAGAACGGGCUGGUGGUCAGCAGUGUGGAUGUGCAGUCGGUGGAGCCCGUGGACCAGAGGACCCGGGACGCCUUGCAGCGCAGCGUCCAGCUGGCCAUCGAGAUUACCACCAACUCACAGGAGGCAGCUGCCAAGCACGAAGCUCAGAGACUAGAACAGGAAGCCCGCGGCCGGCUUGAAAGGCAGAAGAUCUUAGACCAGGCAGAAGCCGAAAAAGCACGCAGGGACCUCUUAGAGCUGGAGGCCCUGAGCACUGCGGUGGAGAGCACCGGGACCGCCAAGGCAGAGGCCGAAUCCCGUGCAGAGGCGGCGCGCAUCGAGGGCGAAGGCUCCGUGCUGCAGGCCAAGCUGAAGGCAGAGGCCUUGGCCAUUGAGACGGAGGCCGAGCUCCAGCGAGUAAAGAAGGUGCGAGAACUUGAGCUGGUCUAUGCCCGGGCCCAGCUGGAGCUGGAGGUGAGCAAGGCCCAGCAGCUGGCCGAGGUGGAGGUGAAGAAGUUCAGGCAGAUGACGGAGGCCCUGGGCCCCAGCACCAUCAGGGACCUCGCUGUGGCAGGGCCAGAGAUGCAGGUAAAACUGCUCCAGAGCCUGGGCUUAAAAUCAACCCUCAUCACAGACGGCUCCACUCCCAUCAACCUCUUCAAUACAGCCUUUGGGCUGCUGGGGCUCGGGUCUGAGGCCCCGGCCCCAGCCCCAGCCCCAGCCCCGGCCCCUGCCCCUGCCAGGAAGGCAGCCGGAGCGCCCAUCACCCAGGAGGGCCUGCUUCCCCCUCCCACUCCCAUUCCUUCGGUUCUCCAAGGCAACCAGAUUGUGCCUUAGCUCAGUCCGGCACUGACAAAUAAAACUGAUACCUCAGGGCAUUUAAACCCUC